UCACGACGCCAGUGUUUAUUCGACACUAGUUCAGUUCAUGGAGGAGGAACAAUGUGGAAGACACUGCCCAAAAUCUCCAACAGAAACGAAUUGGGUUUGUUCAACUUCAAACAAGCCUGCUUGGAGGUUCUCUCCUUCUGCAAAUCACAUUCUUUGAAAGAGGGUGUUUGUGUUCACAGCCCAAUAAUCAAACUGGGUCUUCAAGACCAGGUGUAUCUAAACAACAAUCUGUUGUCGCUUUACGCGAAAUGUUCUGGAGUGGGACAGGCACGCCAGCUGUUUGAUGAAAUGCCUCACAGGGAUGUGGUGUCCUGGACGGGGAUCUUAUCCGCAUACAACAAAAACGGAGACCCCGAGGAGGCCCUUAAAUUGUUUGAUUUGAUGACAGUUUCUGGUGAAUACCCCAAUGAGUUCACUCUUUCCAGUGCCUUACGGUCAUGUUGUUCUCUGUGGGAACUUGAACAGGGUACUCGUAUUCAGGCCUAUGUGAUAAAACAUGGGUUUGAGUCAAAUCCGAUUUUGGGCAGCACUCUGAUUGAUUUGUACACCAAUUGUAAUCAAACUGAACAAGCUGGUAAAGUAUUUGAGUACAUGAAUAAUCACGACACUGUUUCAUGGACAGCAAUGGUUUCUUCACUUGUCCAUGCUCAGAGAUGGAAUCAGGCUUUGCAACUGUAUCCCCAUAUGGUUGAAGCUGGGGUUGCUCCAAAUGAGUUUACUUUUGUGAAAUUUUUAGCUUCAUCUAGUUUUCUCGGCUUAGAUUAUGGGAAAUUAGUCCAUGCUCUUCUGAUAAUAUGGGGAAUUAAGCUCAAUUUGGUUUUGAAGACAACCCUUGUUGACAUGUAUGUAAAAUGCGGAAGGAUGGAGGAUGCUAUUACAGUUUCAAACCAGACACUGGAAUAUGAUGUAUUGUUAUGGACCACUAUUAUUUCAGGUUUUGCUCAAGACUUGAAGUUCAGGGAGGCUAUUUCUGCAUUUCAUGAGAUGGAAGUGUCUGGAAUAAAGCCUAAUAACUAUACCUUCUCUGGAAUCCUGAAUGCUUGCUCAUCCAUUCUCGCAUUGGAAUUGGGGGAACAGUUCCACUCACGGGUUAUCAUGGUUGGCUUCGAGGGUGAUGUUUCUGUUGGCAAUGCUCUGAUCGAUAUGUAUGCAAGAUGUUCCCACAUUAUAGAAGGUGCUUUCAAAGUGUUUAGAGGGAUAAUUUCACCAAAUGUCAUCUCUUGGACAUCUUUGAUUUCUGCUUUUGUGGAACAUGGUCUUGAACAGCAAUCUUUUCAUUCAUUUAUGGAGAUGAGAGCCCUGGGGGUGGAACCAAAUUCUUUUACUCUCUGUGGAGUCCUUUGGGCAUGCAGUACAAUAAAAUCUCUAAGUCAAACAAGGAAGCUUCAUGGAUAUAUAAUUAAAACUAAUCCAAACUGCGAUAUAGUGGUUGAGAAUGCUCUAGUAGACGUUUAUGCUGGAUUAGGGGUGGUAGAUGAUGCCUGGCAUGUAAUUAGUAUGAUGAAUCAGAGAGAUGCUGUUACAUACACAAGCUUAGCUACAAGACUUAAUGAGACAGGUUUUCAUGAAAUGGCUUUAAGCGUGAUCACCCAUAUGUUUAAUGAUAAUGUUAAGAUAGAUGAAUUUAGUCUAGCAAGCUUCCUAUCCACAUCUGCUGGCCUAACCACGAUGGAAACAGGGAAGCAGCUCCACUGUUACUCUGUGAAAUCUGGCCUAGGCAGCUGGAUUUCAGUCUCAAAUGCCUUAGUUGACUUGUAUGGGAAGUGUGGAUGCAUAAAUGAUGUGCAUAAAGCUUUUAGGGAAAUAACUAAGCCAGAUGUUGUCUCAUGGAAUGGUUUGAUACAUGGAUUGGCAUCAAAUGGGCAUAUCUCUCUUGCUCUCUCUGCCUUCGAAGAUAUGAGGUUAGCAGGAGUCGAACCAGAUUCUAUUACAUUCUUGUUAGUGCUUUUCACUUGUAGUCAUGGAGGUUUGGUUGAUUUGGGUUUUGACUAUUUCCGAAAUAUGAGAGAAACAGACAAUAUAGUACCACAGUUGGAUCACUAUGUUUGUUUAGUUGACCUUCUUGGCCGAGCUGGCAGGCUAGAGGAGGCCUUGAAUGUGAUAGAAACCAUGCCUUUUAGGCCAGAUGCCUUGAUCUACAAAACCUUACUGAAUGCCUGCAAAUUACAUGGAAACAUACCUCUUGGAGAAGACAUGGCAAGGAAAGGUAUACAGCUUGACCCUUUUGAUCCAGCAUUAUAUGUGCUGCUAGCAAACAUGUAUGACGAUCAUGGCCAGUCUGAUUUAGGUGAUAAAACUCGCCAGAUGAUGAGGGAAAAAGGAUUGAGGAAGAACCCUGGCCAGAGCUGGGUGGAGAUAAGGAACCAGAUCCAUUCCUUCAUGGCAGGAGAUAGGUUGCAUCCGCAGAUAAAUGAGAUUCAUGGAAAGAUAGAAUCUUUAAUAGCUGAGUUAAAGACUCGAGGGUAUAUGUAUCAAGAAAAUGGAGAUACAUCUUAUCACAGUGAGAAGCUGGCUGUUGCAUUUGGCCUUCUCAAUAUGCCGACAGUGGCUCCGAUACGCAUAUUUAAGAACAUACGCAUUUGUAGAGAUUGUCAUAAAUUUAUAAUGAUUAUUACUCAGCUUGUUGAUAGAGAAAUAAUUGUGAGGGAUGGGAACCGCUUCCAUUCCUUCAAGAAGGGAGCAUGCUCAUGCAGAGGCUAUUGGUAGUGCAUCACAGAGGAGGAAACUUUUCAUGGAUUUGUUGUAUUUGAUUAUGCUAUUAUGUGAUGUGCCAGAUGAGAUUUUUAAGUGGAUGAUUACACCAUUUUGGCAUUUUGGUGGUUGACUUCUGUAAACAUACGUAGAUGUUGAUAUGACAGCAAGCUGUUUUUGUGAGGGCCAGCUGUACCCCAGAUCCAUUCUUCUAUUCUGCUACAACUCUGGUGUGAUACAGGUGGUUUCUUCUGCAAGUGCAGCGUGGAUAAAUUAUUUGGAAUAUUAGAGGAGAUGAAAAAAACCUAAGCUCGUUAGUCAACAUAAAUCAGAAUGAUGUCUUUUGUGGCAUGGCUGGUGGAGUUGUUGGAAUCAUGAGAAAGAUUGUCGAUGGUGUGAGCAAGGAUUGUUACUAGUAGUGCAUUAUGCAUUAGAGAUUGCGGCCUGCACGUUAAGAGGACCCUAUUCAACAAUGCAAUUUAUACAUGAAUUUUUGUAUAGCCUGCAAGUCCAGGAAUGUCAUUGUUGUAUUCAGGCAUGAUGUAUGUAAAGAAUGCUCUUCUGAGUGCCAUGAAAUAUUUGAUGGUUCAGUGGUUCCAAUGCUCUGAUUCCAGUGUUCGUAUGGUCCUAUGAAGCAUAUUAGAAUGCAUUGUGCAUGAAUAAUUGAUUGUGUAAGGCCUUUAAACAGGUCUGUUUGACCAUGAAAUUAUUGACAAAACCGAUUAUUUUCCUC